AUGUUUAAAGGUUCAAAAAAAUAUACCAAAAACACAGCAAGGAGAACCGUGGUGGAAAUAGUUAAUAAAUUAAGAAAAAUUGAAGAUGAAAAGACUAUUGAUGAAAAUGUUGAAAAAGAAAAAAGUUUAGAAGGUGAUGAGAUUCAAAAAAAGCAAACAAAAAAAUUGAUGAAGCAAGAUGAAUCUGUUUUGAAGACACUUCAAAAGAAAACAACACAAGAAAUCAGACAGAGUCAAAGAUUACAAAAAACAAAAACAAAAAAGUCGAUGAAGCAAGACAAAUCUGUUUUCAAGACAUCUGAAAAGAAAACAACUCAAGAAAUCAGACAGAGUCCAAGAAUUAAAAUGAUUGAAUACAAAAAAUCUGUGACUCCUAUUAAAGUUGAUGAUAGUCUUGUAAAGAAAGAAUCUGAUGAAAAAAAUAAGCCUGGUACAUGUAAGACAACAGUAUUGCCACAUUUGUUAGGCAAAACACCUAUGAGAGAAAGUGACUGGUGUGGUUUUAUAACCAAUUGCUUGAAAAUGUCAAAGAUGACGUGGGAUGAAACCGAUAGAGGAAACUACUAUUGUGGGCCACUUCUUGUAUUAUUGGAUUACGAAAUGAUGGUGAAAAGGGAAAAAGCUGAGUUAAAGAGUGGUGACUUUGGAACUUUGGAAUGGAAUGAUGUUGUUAUAGAGAAUGAUGAAGAAUCCGACACCGACGAAAAUGAAGAUAUGAAACUCGAUGAAUUGGUAUUCAAAGCGAAAAAGAAUUACAAAAAACUAGUGAAUGAUAAAAUGAAGUUUGGAAAGUUAAUUGGGUUUUCAACAACAAAAUUCAUAGAAAGCGAUGAGUUGAAAGAUAUGAAGAAAAUCUUUGAACAAGAAUUCAUAUAUAAAACUCAAAAUGAAGAUGAUGCAAAAAGUGACAGGAAUGAAGAUGAAGAAAAAAGCGAUGAGAAUUUGAAUGAACAUGAAAUAAAGAAUCAGCCAAUCAUGGUAACACCAGGAAAUUUGUACAAUGAUCCAAUAGUUCAUGAGAUUGCUGAUUCUAUUCAAUGUAUUUUAAAUUUUGAUGAUUAUGAUGAUUUUGAAAAUGAAGGAGAUGAAAGCAGUGAAGAUGAACACAUGAAGAAAGAAAUAAAAGAUGAAAAACUUGAUGAAGGAGAAAGUUAUGAUUCAGAAGAAACAGAGUGUGACAAUAAUAUCUUGGGAAUUGAAGAUGAUGAAGACAAAAAAAAGAGAAGUAGGAAAAAGAUUAAAAAAACCAUCACUGAAGCUAUCUUCUCCUUAUAA